AUGGCCAAGUAUGCCAGUGCUUGGGGACAAAGCAUGCCAGUCGGUCGGAGACGCGAGUCAAUGAGACGACCUGUGGAUGUACCAGCUCACGAGGACUUCACUUCUACUGCACCCGGAAAGCAAUCAUUCAAGGACUUCAACACCACGCCAUGGGGCAAUCCCAACAUCUUCAACCCCAUCACCAUCGACCUCCACGAUCGCAUCUUCAGCAGAGCAGCGGCCAGGCCAACAGUACCAGAUCCCUUGAUGCAGCAAUCAGCUCCAAUGGAGUGGGAUACUGUCUGGGGUUCCAGUCUGCAGCGAGAGGCAUAUCCAGCCAGCAAUGAGACAGAGUUCUUGCCAGAACCAUCGCGGCUAUCGUCUGGAGCUUCGCCACCAGGACCGGCAGAUAGUGAGAGGGUGGCGGAGAUGCCGUACACGGGCGUGAAGCGUAAUUACAUUAAUCCAGCUGCUUAUGAGUUGAAGUAG